AUGUUCGGAUUGUUGUCUCGCGGCGUUUCUGCGUUCAUGGCUUCUGUCAGCGGGACACAGAAGGACGAGUCAGGCCUGGAAGGUUGGUUUUUUUAAAGAAAAUUGAAGAAUUUGAGCGGAAACUCGAAAAUCUCGUAGAAUCACGGUGAUUCUUUGCGAGGGUGUAGUGAGAAACGCGCCGCGAACUCGGCCACCAUUCAAAGAAGGGGCGUGGUCUUGCGCAAUUGCCGCACGCAAUUUUGCAAGUUUGGCGCGCGCGCUUUCUGUUUAGCCGCAAUUGUUUCCGACAGCAUUUUGAAGACGUUCUUACUGCUUUUCAGGAAUAUUACACAGCGCUGUUAUUGGUUUUUGCUGUUGGCAAUUUUUCUCUGUCGAUAACAAUUACUAAAAAAUAAUAAAGCUUCUAUAAACUGCGUUCUUUCAUGUUUGAGAUGAAAAAAUACAAAACUCAGCCGAAAACAAGCAUUAAUUGACAGAGAACAAGCGCUAAAAUAUGAAACAAGCGCGAAAUUCGUGAAAAAUUCCCCAUGGCCGAGUUUCUUCGGUUCGGCCUCCUGGCCUAACUUCUGGCGUGGCCUAAUAAUUUCUUGUUCAGCCGGGGGACUCGGCGGAAACCGUGGCCUAGUACCACGGCCUGCGACCCCGGGCCAAAUGGACUAGAAUUUUCCUCGUCACCCUCGCAAAGAAUCACCGUGAGAAUCUGAUGCCAUCUGUGCAAGCGUACAAAGCACAACAUUUUACGACAAGUCGAAAAGAGAGCUGAAAGUCACGAAAAUUUAGCGAAAAAAAUUCAGGAAGCAGCAACGAUGACUCACGCAGCGUGAAAUCAACCAACUCGAGCAUCAGAAGAACAUCUGACUCGCCGAAAAGUACGUUCAAGUCAGAAAGUCAGAAAGUCAGAAGAAAGUCUUCUUGUUCUCUGAUUCUCAGUUUUUAUUUCAUUCGGUUUUAUAGAAUACAUCUUAAAGUUAAAACAAAAGCCGUUGAGCUCAUAAAACCCGGGGAACAACGAGUCCGAAUGGGUCGUUUUCAGUGUAAAAUAGUUUUAAACUUUGGCGAAAUAUUUUGCACAUUCCGAGCAGAAGCCACUCAAAUUUUUCAAAUCGAUACAGAUUCCAUCGAUUAAUUUUUCCGUAAAUAGAUUGCACAUUAUUUGUGAACACUGAAACAGUCAUGUUAUUCCAUUCUUCGUCCACCCUGAUCCCCGCGGCCCCUUGAAUGGCGUCAAACGGGCUCGCAGAGAGUUGAAGAAGAAGAAGAAGAGGGAGAGAAAGAGAAGGUAUUACUGAUAAUCCAACCAAUUAUUCGCCCCUUCUCCGCUCAUUUCCAGCUCAUUUCGCUCUAUUCAUUUCCACAUUCCCCUUCUUCAUCUUCUUUUUCUUCUCCUCCUUGUUUUUCCAGCAUUUUUCUGGAAAUCUCUUCGAGAAUUAUAUUUUCGGCGUUGCAAGUACUCAUCUGUGUGUUUCACCUGAAAUUCGAUGAAAUUCCCCCGAAUUGGUCCCCGAAAUGCGAAGCGCUUUCAAUUCCUUCCAUUUUCGCAUCCGAAACGCUCAUUCUCACUCGUUUUCUAAUCAAUUCGAGUCCGAUGAAGGGUUGAGAGAAGAAGAAAGAGCCAUUUCCGCCAAAACAAACAUUUCGAAUGGGGAGCACCAUCUUUUGCUCUUUUUUCUGGACAAAAUUGCAGUUUCAUUGACAUUUUAUAGGCAAUUGCGUUAAUUCCAAAUCACAUUGUCCCUUCACCGAAUUACCAACCAAAAGGUUUGUUUUCUCGGAAAAAGUGCUUCAAAAGGGGGGGAUAAGGACGGCGAGCAUAAGAAAUGUGGGAGGUGGAAAGGAUUAGCGGAGCCUAGAGACAGUUUUAAAAUGUUUUUUUUUCUGAGGUUCCUCGAUACUCAACGAAUUUAGACUGUCUACUCUGCAUUUUUUGAACAUUUUGAAACUGAAAAAACACAUUUUUUGGGUGAAACUAUUAUCCGAAUCCAAUCUGUCUAGGGGAUUAGUAUGAUGAAUAGAUGAAUGAAUAUGCUCAAUUAUUACUCAGCGAUUCAUUUGUCGCAAAAGCGAUUCGAUGAAUAAUAUCACAAAAUGAUAGGCAGUUUUUGAAACUGUAAACCACUUUUUCGUUUGAUUCAUUCAAGAUUAUUCAAGUGCCACGGUCUCCCGAGCCUACAAUGGGCGCAAGUGCGCCCCGCCCAAUAGAGCGAUACAUUGGCGCGAAAUUCAAAUUUUAACAGCAAAAUUAGUGUUUUUUGUCAGAUUAGCCACGAAAAACCGAUAAUUUCUCAUUUUUCUCUCGAUAGACCGAUUGUAUAGGCUAUUACGAAUUUUUUAAGCGCAAGAGCGUUAAAUUUGGUCAAGUCACAAAUCACAUUUAUUCGUUUAAAGGUUUUUGGCUAAAACUGCGCGAAUUACAGUUGCUUUUCGGUAAUUUUCGCGGUUAGAGCGCUCAAAUGCUUGUAUUUACGUGAUUUAUCAUUUUCAAAACCAAUUCUGUCUGAAAACGGUCAAGAAAGCGCAAAAUGAGAAGUGCGGGUUUUAGGCGGCGAUCGGCGGCGAAGGCGAAAACGCAAAGUCCGCGAAAAAUGCUCCAAAACGUCAUUAAUUCUGAGAAUUAGUGUGUUUUCAUGCCGAACAAUCAUUUUUCAUCGCCGUUGACCACAAAAAUCAGCGAAAACCUGCUCAAUUCAUGAAACCACCAUUUGACCGAGGCCACGCCCAUAUUGUCAACUCUGGAGACCGUGAAGUGGAAAUAAAGUAGUUUUUGAAAUUUUUACUUUAACUUUGAAACUGAAAAUAACAGUCUCCCACCUUUUCGUGCAAAAAAGAUCAUCCCCGCCGCUCAAAAAUUAAUAAUAGGUCCCAGAAUAAUGGGUGUCUGACACGCGAACGUGCCACGUCAUCACUUUUUGCCCUUUUCCCGAAUGUUUUUCUUUUUGGCGAGCAGAAAGACGGCGGUGAGCUCACGCGGAGCCCGUUAAACAAACAAAACGACAAACUGUCUUACAUUUCGUUUAAAAAUGUGUGUAAUUGGUCUUUUUUCGUUUUCGCUCUCUUCAAACAGAUCGAAUUUCAGAGGCCUUUCCUCUCUGCAAAUAGAGCCCAAACCGCCCGGCCACUUGUCUGUUUUUGGCACUUGGCAACAACUCUUUUUCGAAAUUGUUUUCAAAAUGAGCAAUAUCAGCAGUUUCGAACGAUUUCCAAAAGCUCAGCGAAUGCACAAAAUAUGUGUGGAAAACACCGAUUCAACUUAAUUUUCGCGUCCCCAAUUGAAGAGAAAUAAGAGAAGAAAAGUAACUUUUCGCGCUUGCAAGUGAAGAGUUUUCCCAUUUUCGGCCAGAAAUUGUGCGCUUCUCUCCAUUCUUCGUCCUCAAAUCCGAUUAGAACAUCGAAAGACCUCAUUUUUCGGCGUCUUCGAGCAGUUUUGUUGUGGCGGCCGAAGUUUUUCAGAUUGCUGGCCUAGAAUUCCGCUCAAAUGGCCGAGUGCUCAAAAAACUGCAAAAUUGCACUUUCUUCAAACUUUUUUCGCUGAUAAAACUUUGUUUCACUUGAUAAAAUGUUAAAUGCUCGAAAAACUCGUCCAUCUCCUCAAAACAAGCUUUUCCGCCUGAAAUCUCUCUCUCUUUUAACCCAAAAAAUGCAAAACAUCUUUUCGGCGAACGAAAGCGUCCCAAGAGACUAACGCGUAACUCGAAAAGUUCAAUUCUUCGCAUUUUCACCCUCGCAAAUGUUCUCUGCCUUCUCUCGGCCCUCCAUUUUGUUGAUAAUCGUGUGAUUCCGAAAAUUAUGAAAACAAAAGACAAUCGUAAACAGCACGCCUCGCUUUUUUCACCAAAAAUUGUGCAAAACCAUGUUUUUAUCCAGAUUUCUCGGGCGAACAAGUUAAACACCUUUUUUUGCAGGUAUGACGGCGACUAGGCAACAAUUUAAUGUUGAGCCGGUGAAAGGAAACGAUCUCGAGGAGGUAAACCGAUUAUUUCGAAUGUUUUCGCGAGUUUCGAGUUAAAUUUAGCUUUUCCAACGGAAAUUAAAGAAAUUUCCGUUUUCCUCACGAAAAUGUCUUUUUCAGAUUGUCCAAUUUCUUCUCGACAAUUUCGCACAGACAGAGGCGAUUUUGGCCAGUUUGAAGAUUGAGGAUCCGUGAGUUUUUCAAACACUUGGCUAAGAACUCUCGAAGGAUUCCAAAAAUUGCUGCAGAUUGUGCAUCAGCGAACUGACGACGAUGCUGCGCGACCUGGUGCUCGACAGUCUGUCGUGUCCGUCGUCGUGCCUCGUGCGUGACGUCAUCACGAAGAAAAUCGACGGAAUCGCCCUGACGAGCCGCCAUUCGAUCUUCGAGAAGCAGCUCGACCGCCUCUACAAUUACCGUUUCGACUCGCAAAAAGUGAGGGACGCGCAGGAAUUUCUCAAGUACGUGUUCAACAAACUCGACGUCACCUACUAUCUCGGAGAGCAUCGCGUCUACAAACCGGUGAGACUUUGAAUUUGAAUUGAAUAACAAUGCCCCUUCUCUCCAAUACGCAAGCGAGUUCUAAAUAGAUCGCGUUUUCAAUCGUCUGUCCUUAAACUUUGAUAUUUCGUUCGUCGAGAGUCGAGCGCUGACUCUGGCAAUUCGAUAUUAAUCUAAUUAGAAAGUUACUGAUCCAAACGCGACCUAAUUAGAUUCGACUGUUUUUUUCUUGGCGCAAUCGAGAUUUGAGCCAGCAGACGGUUGGCGUGAAACUUGAUUUGAGCACUUAUUAAUCUAGCUAGAAGAUUUAUUAAUCUAGCUAGACAAUCUAUCAAUCUUAUUAGGCCGCCGUUAGAUUAAUAACGAAAUGCCAGAGGAAUGGAACAGAUUCGUUCGGAAUUGACAAACUAUUUACACUUUCAGUAAUUAGCACUGAAAAUCGACAGUUGCGCACGUACGGCGGUCCAACAUAAUAGAACUGGGCAGAAUAGAAUCGCGUCAUAAUAGAACCGGGCAGAAUAGAACCGCGUCAUAAUAGAACCGGGCAGAAUAGAACCGCGUCAUAAUAGAACUGUUUUUAUGUAUUCAUAUAAGCAUUUUGUCCGUUCCUUUCAAUUAACUUUCGCAAAAUUUUUCGUCUCUCGAACAAUUAAGCAGACUUUAAACCUAGAAAAUUGGUUUCCUUUCGUUUAUGAUAGUACGAUAAAAUUAUUUUCUGUGGGUUUUCGUUACCGUAGAGAAGAGUGAUCACGACGGAAGUGAAGUUAAUGAAUGCAAUAAAUCGAUCACGAGAUUCAAAAAUUAUCUUUUUCUACAAAACAAUUAUUCUACAGAAAGGUUUAAAAGGCGUUCCAAACAGUUAUAUUGUGGCUGGUUCUAUUAUGUCGCGGUUCUAUUUUGCGCAGUUCUAUUAUGUUGGACCGCCGCACGGACAGGACAAGGAGUGUUUAAUUUUUAGACAUUUUUAAAACUACCGUUGUCGUUUAAAGGCGCAGCACGAAAUGUUUGCACGCGAAUCGCAUCAAUUGUUUUUUUUAAGGUCUUCGCCGCGGUUGUGUGUGUUCGAAAAGAGGUCUGGAAUCAGGGAAUCGGCACUGCUCUCAUGAAUCAUGUGUAAGUCAUUUUUAUUGAACAUUUCCAAAUGAAAAUGAGUUUUUUUUUUUGCAGCCAAAAAACGGCUCGCACUGACAACGCCGACGGAUUGAUCAGUUUGUGCAGCAACCAUCGCGGACACAAUUUGAUGACCAAAUAUUUGAACCUUGAUGUUGGUUUUUUUAGAGCUGGAAAAAGUCAAGCAAUUUUUAUGCCCAGGCUUUUCACAGGCUUUUUAACUUUUGGCCCUGGCGCACUUGCAAGGAUCCGAUCGGGACCAGGGGUGUGCGGAAAAUUUUUUUCGGAAAAUUUCGGAAAAUCGGUUUUUCCGAAUUUUUUUUUCGGAAAAUUUCGGAAAAUCGGGUUUUCCGAAUUUUUUUUUUCGGAAAAUUUCGGAAAAAUCGGAAAAAUCGGAAAACUGAUAGAGUGAUAGACAUAUGCGUAAGUAGAUCCUUGUUUUUGAGCGUUGAACUUGUGGCCGCAAAAACACGCUUUCUCACCGUUUUCCGCCCAGUUAAAUAUACGUCCCACUUUCCCAUUACGUCAGCUUUUCUGAAAAAACAACACAAAUCGCAACAAUCGGUUCAUUAGAAUGAGAAAAACGAAAGAAAUUGCGUAAAAUUUAAAAAUCAAAUUUAAAAAGACGCUCGCUGCUAGACCCUUCCAAAAAUUUUGUGAUGCGCCUUUAAAAAGCAUACGGUGGUUUCGGACAAAUUGACCUUGAAUCCACACUAAUUUUCCGAAAAUUUUGCCGAAAAUUUUCGGAAAAUUUUCCGAAAAUUUCUCGGAAAAUCGGAAAAUUUCGGAAAAUCGAAAUAUUUUCCGCACACCCCUGAUCGGGACCAAACUUUGCAGGCCUUUUGAACUUGGAUUGAAGUGUAUUGGGUCCAAGUUUCUGAUCGAUCGGAUAAUUUGGUCCCGAGAUUUUUGAGGUCGAGAAGACCACAAUUUUCGCAAAAACCCGGCCUUUUCGACCUUCGAUCCACAUAUCUCGGGACCGGAUAAUCAGAUCGAUCUGAAACUCGGCCUCAAUGUACAUCAAUCCAAUUCUAUGAAGCCUGCAAAGUUUGUGUCCAAUCAGAUAACUGCAAGUGGGUCAAUAGUCCAGACCGGCCUUUUUCCGAGCCCUGAAAAAAAAAUUAAAUUUUUUGCAGUUCGCCUCGGUCCGGUACGACGCGUUCAAAGGCGAGCAUCUGAAGCCGCCGAUUGUGAUGGGCCCACCGGAAAAGUUCCACAGUAUAUACGCGAUGCUCAUGAAAUUCAACUGAACACAAAUAAUUCUCUCGCCUAACUCUCUUCUUACAGUCUUUUCUAUUGCAACAUUAACCCGCCAAAAAAUCUCUAAUUUUCAACGAAUUUCCCCUCUCGCUUUUACUCCAUUUCUCUCAUACAAUCAAUCAAAAAAAAAGACCCAUUUUGUCUAUUGUGAAUUUUGAACACCCCCCCUCUCCCCACAGUUUUAUUUUUUUUUGUAAAUUUAUUUGUGUAUACACGUGAAACUUGGCCGCGUAACUUUUUAACAAAUUGCCAACAGCAAUCCACGAACUGUUUCGGCAUUUCCUUUUGACUCUGACCAAGAGUUGGUGAGUUUUUAAAGCAAAAAAAAGAAAGAAGGCAAUUUGAAGUAUGCAGUAAAACUUGUCGAAUGGACGAAGUGGACACACACGGCGGAAAGUACGAGGCGGGCGACGGCGACUUCCUGACGGACGAGCACAAAAUGAGCACCGGAUCGAAUGGAUCCAAGAUGGAAGAGGUAGACAAAAGGCUUUUGCGGCCACCGCGAAUCGAACACCCGCCGAGAGAUUCGCCUGCAAAACGCUAAUCAGCUGAGCUAAACGACCGACUGCAAGCAGCACGCCGAAGGGCAGUGAUAAGAGCGCUCUGAAAACGCUGAAAUUUUGCAGCUAAAAUUCGGAGAGCAACUGCAGGACGACCUGAUCAACUCGUUCUGCGACAAGCUUCAGGCGGUGUGUCCGACGCGAAUCGAGGCGCUUCUCGCCAUUCAAUUCCUGAUCAUUGUCGGUUUUUCCGCUGCAAAUCCGCAAUGCUCGGCCAAUUUCGUUGCAGAGCGCUCCGGAAGACAUCAAAAAACACGUGUCGGGCGAGCGGGACGCCCUUCAGGUGCUCUUCGAUCGAGUGCGCGCACACUACCUCCUUGUGCAGUCAGUUUUUUUUCGAGAGUUAUUAUAGGGGCACCGGACAGAAAGGGCGGGCGCGCUGUUCGCAAUCUGGCCGAAUUUCUAGGCCGCGAAGAAAUGUUUUACUGAAAAUGUGGCCUAACUUUUCAAACUCGGCCCCGAGGUCGUUCAAUUUGCACUGAAAAAAGGGUUUCUCAACAGAGCGCUAUUUCUGUGCGGUGCCCCUAUAAUAUCGGAAAAAAUUUGAACUUUUUCGCAGCUACAAUCCGCGUGAGCAGUGCGUCUACGUGUACGACAGUCUUCAAAUGUGGGAUCGACAGACGCAGGGACCGCUGGUGAGUGCGUGGCCGAGAAAACCAAAACUAGGCCACGAAUGGUCUAGAAUUCCAAAUAGCCCUCCCCCCCAGGGGUGUGCGGAAAAUUUUUUUCGGAAAAUUUCGGAAAAUCGGUUUUUCCGAAUUUUUUUUUUCGGAAAAUUUUGGAAAAUCGGGUUUUCCGAAUUUUUCGGAAAAUUUCGGAAAAAUCGGAAAAAUCGGAAAACUCACUUGUUCAUUGGUUCAAUAAAGUGUUUAAACAACGUUCUAAUACAAAAAAAUGCUUAUUAUGAUUUGAAAUCACUUGAGUGGGCGGAAGCCAAGCAAUGGAAUAUUUUUUUGCAAAAAAAUUAGCCGAGAGAAGCUCUCCGGGUCCAGUGUUUUCCGAUUGUCAGUGAGAAUGAGACGCGCGGUUGAAAAGAGUCGCUCCGUUUCUGCAGUCGUUGCGGGAGUACAGAAAAAAAAAAUUUUUUGAUGCGCCUUUAAAAAGCAUACGGUGGUUUCGGACAAAUUGACCUUGAAUCCACACUAAUUUUCCGAAAAUUUUGCCGAACAUUUUCGGAAAAUUUUCCGAAAAUUUCUCGGAAAAUCGGAAAAUUUCGGAAAAUCGAAAUAUUUUCCGCACACCCCUGACUCCCCCCUUUCAGCUGAGCGCAGAAAUUGCGGAUAUGAUCCGUCACCUAUUCGGACAUCUUUUCGGCGACCUCAUCGACAUCAAAUUCGACCAAGAGUACGAGAUUCAGGUUACGGUAGCCUCCGUACAGCCCACACACUAACCGGGUUUUUUGCUGCAGAGAGACAACUUCUCGUGCGGAUACCGAGUGAUUGGCGCCAUUGUCGAUUUGGCGAGAGGCGGCAAUCCGGCAGAGUUUGGGAGCAGUUUUGAAUGGCGAAAAACGAGAAAGAAUUUCAGAAUGAACUACAAUCGAACCAGCCUCUUGAACUUUAUGCAAACGAUUCUCGAUGAGCCGAAGCCGGUGUGGAGCAAUUUUGCCGACGCGCAAAUUGGAAGGUGAACUCGGACUCAAAACACGCAGAAGUUCGAGGAGGAGAAUGGCGAAAUUGUGUUUUCAGUGAGAAGCGGUACUCGGGCGAGUACAUUCGUCACGUGAAACUGCGCAACAACUGGCUGGACCUCAAAUAUCACGUGAACAACGUCGAGGACUCUUCCACCGAAUCCGAGUAGGCCAAUUUUCGGAUUGUUCCCAACAAAAAAACUGUAAUUUUAGGAGUUGGCACAGCUUCAGACAGGCGAAAAACGCGAAAUUGAACGGAUCGCGCCUGUCGUUGUGCUCUGUGAAAUCGUUCGAGUCAAUGGUAGGCAGAUUUUCGGAUUCUCUGCUUGAUUUGAAAGGCUUUGAGCCUCUUAUUGAUCUAGUUUGGAUGAAUUUGACAGGCUCGCGGAGCAAAUGCCAAGAAAUGACGAGGAUUUUAGGAUGAGGCGGACGAGGCGGAACCAGAAGUUGGAGACUCGAAGGUUCAGAGAGCCCAGCCGACUCUAGACGACCCGGAGCCGUCCCGAAUGGACUCUUCGGUGUUCAACGCGUUCAGACGCAUGCUCAUGGGACUCAAGAUGUGA